CCGAGUGGGUAUUGUAAUUUGUGGCCGGAUUUUGGAACAUAUUCAACAGAAAUACAACCAACCAACACAGCUUAUACCCCCUCCACCUGCAUCCAACUCUCCCUCUCCAACACCUCAUCCUCCUCCUCCAUCUCAUCCUCCUCCCACAUUCCACCCUCCUCCAUCUCCUCCUCCUCAUCCUCCACCUCAUCCUCCACCUCAUCCUCCACCUCAUCCUCCACCUCCACCUCGGCCUCCACCUCCAUCUCGACCUGGUCCUCAUCCUCGUCCUCCUCCUCCUCCACCACCUCAUUCACCCCCUCCUUCAACCUAACCACGAUCUCAAACUUCUCCUCCCACCCGCCCAGACAAAGCUUCAGCACCUCCAUCGCCAGCAGCCUGACCAUUUCGGGAUCCGCCCCCUCCCGCACCUUCAACCGCGGCAACAUCCCCUUCCCCUCAUCCAUCCCCUCACCCAUCCCCCAAUCCUUACCCUCCCCUUUCCCCAUCCCUCCAUCCUCCCCCUUCUCCUUCGCCCCACUUCCCACACCCCCCACACCCCCCUCCCCCCGCCGCUCCGACUCAGCCACCGACUCCCUCCGAGCACCAACAGCAGCCAGAAGCCGUGCGCUCUCGCGCGCAAUAAACAGCGCGAGCCACAGCUGCGCCAGCGCAAUGAGCAGGAGGACCAUCAUGGGCAUCAACGACGCGGCAGCUACGUCUGCGGCUGUGGCUGUGGUCGUUGGCAUGGGUGGUGGUGUGGGUGGUGGUGUGGCUGAUGGUGUGGUGGCCGCGCUCGAGCCCGAGCCCGAGAGGAUGGUGAAGGGGUGGGGGAUGGUGAACGGGAAGGGGAGCGGGAGGGGGAAGUGGAGUGGGAUGGGGAGUGGGAGGGGGAAGGGGGAAUGGAGGUUGAACAU